AUGAGCAACUUAUUGGGCCUAGCAUAUGGCGACAGUGACAGCGACACGUCUGAGCCGGAUAACGGGCGGGAAAGCAACCGUCCAGCACAAGCUUCGGAGCCGAAAAAGGAAGUUACAUCGGAAGUACGAAACGGUAGAUCCGGAGAUGGUAUCAUUAGGCGGCCGCCGCCUGUAGGCGUGUCAGGUGAAAGCACCCCCGGAUCGAUACCAGGAAACCCGAACCAACAACAUCUGAAUCGGAGCACAGCCUCGUCUCGCUCUUCGCCGACGAAUGAGUUCGAAGGUGCUUCGGGGUCCGGUAGAGGACCCCAUAGCAGGGUUUAUCUGCAGGGCACGUAUAAAGAGAGGAAAGUGCACGAGGCUCAGACGGGGGAUGAAACGACGAGAUCGGAAACGUUGCGGGCGUUACUGAGGCCGGCUGGGUUUGUUGACGAUGACGAGAUGGAUAUUCCGUCAGAGCCGGACGGGGAGCCGAAUCCCAUAACCCAGGCGAAGAUCGAGAAAUGGUUGGCAAUAAAGGCGUCUGGCACGCAUUUCAACGACCGACUAGAGCAGACGCAUGCAUUCCGCAAUCCUUCGAUCAUGAGCAAACUGAUCGAGUACCUGGAUCUCGAUGAGCUGGGCUCCAACUAUCCGAAGGAUAUAUUCGACCCACAUAGCUUCCCGAAGGAGGCAUUCUUUGAUCAGAUUGCGCAAGCACAAGACACGCUUCAACAGCAACAACAACAAUUCGCCGCAUCCUCCAUAGCAGGCCCCAACGCGAAUCCACAGCUGGCUGCAGCGGUGGCAAAAGCCCAGCAACGCGCUAUCCAGUUUGUCUCAAAUGUAAAUAGAUCCACUCCAGCGACAGCAAACAAGCCGCUACCAACGGCAUCACAAGCAGCACCCGCUCCUGGCAAGAAGAGGUCCAAAUGGGAUCAGCCGGCUGAUGCCGCGACUAAGAAACGAAGAUAA